AGUAUGAAUUUGAACACAAUAUCAGCAUGUAGUUUACCAUAAAAUUCUUUUUAUGUUGUCAGCCAUUUUCUUCAUCUAGUAAGGUGAUUAACAAUUUGAUGAAUCUCUAUGAGUGAUUGUAAAACUGUGUUAAUUUUCUAAAGAUUAAUAAGUAUAUUUACUUCAGUGAAAAUGAAUCUUUUAACAGUGAUUACCGUGUUUUCUCUGAUCGUAUUUUCCGGGACUAUACCAAUAUCGAUAAAAAAUCAUGAUACAUUUAAAAAAUCAAAUGUCAUCAAUGAUUUGAAAGCUAAUGAAGGUUUUAACAAAGCGAACUCUGAAGACAUUAAUGAAAAUAUAAUAAUAAAUGAUAGUAAUAUAUUAGGUAUAAACACAAUCAGGCCCGGCAUGAGUGUAACCAACUAUGCAAUAGCGAUUGAGCCCGAUUUGGAUAGUGGAACUUUUGAUGGAGUCGCAAUAAUUGAUAUUAUCAUCACAGAGGCGUCGACGAGGGGAGAAGAUGUAAUAUUAUACUCAACAGAUUUAGACAUUCAUUCAGUUAAAUUCGUUGUUGGCAGUGGUAACAAUUUUCAAAAUGCUGAAUUUAAAGUCAAUGAUGAAGCUGGUCGACUAGAAAUUUCUACACAUGACGACGUUACUCUUUAUAGAUUCAUGAUAGAAUAUACGGGAAAUAUGAACGUUGGUUGGGGAUUGUUCACCGGACGUUAUGACGAAGAUACAUAUAUAGCAAUGAACUUGCAUCCAACUCACGCGAGGCGCGUCUUUCCUUGCAUGGAUGAACUGACGCAGGCAUCUAACACUCGCAUCUCGUUCACAUUCAAUGGUCUCGAUGCAUAUACUAUCGUAACAAAUUCAAAAACACAAGGAAACAGCAACAAUGAAUUUACAGCUCUGCCAGGCCCGCCUUACUUGUGGGGUAUGUUGGCACAUAACUUAGAAAAUAUUGUUGUACCAACGCCAAAUGUCUUACUUUAUGGACGACCAACUCUUCAAGGGAUUCAAGAUUCGCAAGCAUCUUUAGCCAUAAAUUCUUAUUUCAAUUUUCUUAAUGCAUGGACUGAUAAAGAUUACUUCAGUAUUGUUACGGAUCAAGAUGGCAAAAUGCACAUAUACGUUCUACCCGAUCUUUCAAGGGAAUGGCAUUCACUAUCGGUAAUAGGCUUAUGGGAAGGUGAUGUUUUUAUGGAAAGAUCACAUUCCAUAAAGCAAAGGAAAGUUGCUCUAGUGAAGAUCGCAGAAGCCAUGGCAAGGCAGUGGUUUGGCUACGUGAUAUAUCCAGAGAACUGGCGGUAUCAAUGGGUGAUAUCUGGUUUAGCAUCUUACGCCGCAUGGGAUGCCAUCCGAGAGUUCCAACAUAAUCCCGUGUCAAAUGACAUAACGAUGCUGGAUGUUGAUACCUUGUUUGUAACAGAAGUAAUUCAGGAAUCAUUACUUCUUGAUGGAUAUGCUGGUGCACAACUCUUGGAACCAAAUGAUGAUAUAUUUGAUGAAGAUGAAGUCAGAUAUCAUGUUAAUGGACUUUUGAGGCUCAAGGCACCAGCCAUAUUAAGAAUGUUAAGAUUCAUUCUCGGUGAUGAAGAACAUGAUUUCAUAAAAACUGCAGCGCAAACUCUGCUUUAUCGUAGAGCUCUCGAUACAAUAAACUCUCACAUCUUCUACGACUCAAUUAAAAGUGACUGGAUGCAUAGUGGCACUGACUUGAUAAAUAAUCUUGAAGAUUAUUUGGAAACGUGGGUGCAUAAUACAGGAUAUCCGGUUAUAUUUGUCAGUGCAAGGCCAGGAGGAGUGCUUCUGACACAGGAGCGCUUCGGUUUUACAAGUGUUCCAGAAGUAAAUUAUAAGAUUCCUUUAACAUUCACCACGAGUCUCGAUCCUAAUUUCGACGACGAACACAUAUACCCGAUCGAGAUGAUGGACCAGACCAAAGCGUUGGAUAUUACAUUGAACAGCGACAGUUGGAUUCUCUUCAAUAUUCAAGGACAAGGUUACUAUCGUGUAAAUUAUGCUGACGACUUAUGGGAAAAUAUUAUUGAUGCUCUCGAUGAUCCAGAUAGUAGAGAAGAGAUACAUCCUUUGAACAGAGCAACUUUGGUGGAUGACUCGCUAAAUCUAGCUAGAGCUGGAAAACUUAAAUAUGAUAUAGCUUUCGAAGUAGUUGCAACUAUGGAACAUGAAAAAGAGUAUGCUGUUUGGAAAGCAUUUAUUAGAAACAUGGACUUUAUAAGGAAACGAUUGGAAGCACUAGUAUCCUCUGAAGACAAUUUGGAUCCAGACAUCUAUAUAAAAAUGGUUCGAAGAGUGAUCAGUCGUGUAGAAGAUGAAAUUGGUUUCGACCCGGAUCCUCGGGUCUCUGAGGCGGCUAUGGUUACCAUGACUCGAGGACUGGUGAUGGAGCACGCUUGCAAAUCAAAUUACAAUCCCUGUGUAGCUGCAGCAGUAGACUGGUUUUAUGACUCCGACAGUGAUGAACCUACAGUUAACCCCGACAUACCUCACGAGAUUAGGCCAGCUGUAUAUUGCACCAUGGUGAGAGAAGGCGACGACGUCGUAAUAGACGCUUUGUACGAUCGCCUUGAAAUAGAACCCACCAUGUACGAACGUAUAGUUAUACUGGAGUCUUUGGCUUGUUCACAAAAUGAAAACUUCAUUACUUCCCUUCUAUACGACACUAUAGCUGAUGAUAGUCCCUAUAACUUGGAAGAGAGAAAUAAAAUAUUCGCAGCAGUUGCUUCAUCCAGUUUUAAUAACGCUUUCAUUGCUAUGCACUUUAUGGCGGAACGCACUAUCGAAAUAAGGAAUAUGUAUGGCGGUCCAGAAAAAUUAGAAGAACUCAUAUUUAUUCUCGCUGACAAUAUGGCUGAUGAAGGCCAAUCAGCUGAUUUUCAAAUAUGGGUGAAUUCAUUGAGCAGUAAUCUACAAGAUUCAGAGAUGGCAGCAAAAAAAGCAGUCGAAAGAGUCACAACGCACCUAGUUUGGAAUCGUGCACACUUAGAAGACGUCUAUGAUUGGAUCGCAGAAAAUAAUUCACCUGCUUUAACGACCUCUAUAAUAUUGUUAUUAAUAACAGUAUUUGUUACAUUAUUUAAUUGAUAAAUGUUUAAUUCAAACAAGUAAGUAGGUGCAUUUAAAAAACACGACUGCUCCGACAGAAAUCAAA